AAUGUCUCGCUACAGCACUAAUAAAAAUCUCCAAAGCUAUUUGUAACCUUAGCAUUACAAAUACACGUAACAAAUUUCUCCAAGCGAAAUUUUCGUUAGAAAACCUGGAGACUAAAAUAGAAGAAUUGAAAGAAGCACAAGAAUCUGCAGAACAUGAUGAAUGGACGGAAAGAGUCGCAAGAAUUGAGGCUGCAAAGAAAAGCUUAGAUACAACUAUGCAAACAUUAUUAGAUCAAACAUUUGUUGACAACCUGCAAUUAAGAUUGUCAAAGAUCAAUCGCCACAAGAAAUGGCGAAAAAAACAUAUCAAAAAGUUACAAAUGGUUCGAGAUGAACGGCAGCGUCGAAGAGAAACAUUACACAAAACCAUUGACGAAUGGCGAACCGAGUGGAUCGCAAAAGAGCUGGCACUUAAACGUGAACAAGGCAGAAGGAGGGAAGCCGAAAAACGGGUGCAAGAGGCUGAAGCAAACAGAAGCAAGCAUAGAGAACUUUCAAAACUACUUGAAAAAGUUAAGAAAUUGCGAGAUCUUCGUAGGGAACGAUUGAAACGAGAAGGGCACUUUUUCCCCGAGGAAGAUGAUGAAUUCUUUAAUAAAGUUGCAUCGUUGAACGAUGAAAUGAAAAUUGAGGAAGCGAGGUUAGAUCAGGAAAGGAAUGCUGCUGCAGAGCACAAAAGAAAUGAAGCGAUGGAUGUUGGAAUGAAAGAACGAGAAAAAGAAAGGGAUCCUGUUUAUGAAUAUUGGCAUAAAGCAGAGUUUGACAUUGAUAACCUUAUCUCAAUUAGACGUCAGUGGGAUGCAUUUUUGGUUGUACCUGGUACUAUUGGAUCAUCAUGCGUUCCACCGUCUUUUGUAGAUCCUUCACCCCCUGCAAAUUACGUUUGGGCUUCUUGUCUUACACAUGGUUUAAACUAG